AUGACAAGAAACAAUGGAAAUGGCGAAAAAGAGAGUAUGAUCACCCUCCAUUACCCUAUGUUGUCAAGAAGCAAUUAUUCUGCAUGGGUCAUCAAGAUGAGAGUCUUCAUGCAAUCCCAGGGAGUUUGGGAUGCAGUGAAAGCCAGAACAUCAAACACAAUUGUCGAGGUGAAGAAGGAUAAGAUGGCACUAGCAGCCAUCUAUCAAGGGAUACCGGAAGACCUGUUAUUGUCCCUGGCUGAGAAGAAAAUAGCCAAAGAGGCCUGGGAGGCUUUAAAAACAAUGUUCAUGGGAGCAGAUAGAGUAAAGACUGCAAGAAUUCAGACCUUGAAAACAGAAUUCAAGGCACUGGAUAUGAAAGAUAUAGAGGGUGUUGAUGAGUUUGCUACAAAGGUAAUCAAUAAUGUAAGCACUAUGCAUACCAUGGGGGACACAGUAGAAGAAUCCUACAUUAUGAAGAAGAUAUUGAGGGUUGUGCCAUUUAAGCUUCUCCAGAUUGCUUCUACAAUUGAAAAGUUUGGGGACUUAGAGACAAUGACAAUAGAGGAAGUAAUUGGGAGACUAAAGGCCCAUGAAGAAAGAAUGAAGGGACAUGGGGAGAAUGAUGAAAAGGAGCUGCUCUUGACUCACCAAGAGUGGUCAAAAAGGAACAAAAAGAAGACUGAGGGAGAUUCCAAAUCUAAGUCGAGUAGAGGAGGAUUUGGAACCUCACAAGCACGAUGUAGAGGAAGAGGCAGAGGUAAUGGUGGUCGUGGCACUCGUGGGAGAGGAUGA